AUGUCUGCUGCUGUUCCUGUCCAUGGUAACACUAGGACGAGAGGGAGGAGAGGCCACAGGGAAAUGACCCCACCGUCGUUCCUGUUGCUGCUGGCUCUGACAGCCUGCCUGGCUGGGACUGGUAGGUGUGGAGUGUGGAUUGGAAAGAUCAUUUCCCCUUACUGCUCAUUGGAAACAUCGAGCUUUCAUGGCUUUCUCUAUACUCUCCUUCUUUCACUCACUUUCUCUGUCUCUCUUCUCUUGGUGUCUCUCUUCUUCGCUUAUUUCAGUUUGCCUGAGAGUGUAAUAGUAUGCUGGAAUGUGGCUUAUACUGGCGGGUGGCGGCUGCUGAAAUAUGUGUGGACACGUUUAUCUGAAGAGAUUGUGAAAGUUCUAGGCCUUUUGACUACAUGGUAUUCUAUCCAGUAGGUCUUACACACUGUAUCUGUGUAAUCGUUGCUGUAUGGUUACAUGUGUGUCUUUGAGUUGCUUCGCAAAACUUUCUGAUGUUGAAUAUUUGAAUAGCUCUCCUAGAGCUUGUUCACUUCUAUCCAAACGGAUGUUAUUAUCUUUGUACAUCUCUGUUACAUUUCAAUUUUAUGGUGUAGUGAGGUUGUGAAAGAGGCUGAGUUCACUUCCCGUCUUGCAACAGGUAGUUAGUUACGAAUUAUAAGAAUCAGCUAUAAACACAGUGAAACGUUGAUGUUCCUGUUUUAUUUCAAAAGACCCAUCUUCACCAAAAGAACAAGAACAUUGUGUUUUGUUAGUAGGAAAACCAUUGAUAGAAACAUUUCGCAAUGACAUUACCUAGGCCUAAUGGCACAUUUUGUUCACUCUGUAGUGUAUAUUAUCUCAUAUGUUCGAUACUUCUUUAUAGUUUAAAGAGUCAUAGAGUCUACUGCCAGUAUAUGUGCCUUGCCUUUUUCACUGUAACAGCUGGCUGGUAACCAAGGGAUAUGUUUAUUUGAAAGGGUUUUUAAUGCCAUAUCCAUGUCUCCUCAACACAUUAAUUGUGAAUUACACUGUACAUGCCCAAACAUUUACAGUAAGAUGUGUCUGUGAUGCUUCUUGGAAUGUCCGGGGUUAACCUACACUCUUAGAAAAAAAGGUGCUAUCUAUAACCUAAAAGGGUUACUCGGCUGUCCCCAUAGAAGAACCCUUUGAAGAACCCUUUUUGGUUCCAGGUAGAACCCUUUUAGUUCCAGCUAGAACCCUUUUGGGUUCCAUAUAGAACCCUUACCACAGAGGGUUCUACAUGGACCGCAAAGGGGUACUACCUGAAACCAAAAAGGGUUUGCCUUUGGGGACUGCCAAAGAAGCCUUUUGGAACCCUUUUGUAACCCUUUUUUCAAAGAAUGCAUACACAUAGGUCCAUUUUCUUCCAAAGAUGAUUUACUAAUUGUUAAACAUGAUUAAGGUCACAGCUCUCAACCAAGAACACUACUGGCAGGUCCAAACUCAUUCACAUCCAAAGAUCUGAGGACUGUUUAAGCUCCUUUUUCUUGGAAACGGUAUCAUACUGUCUGACUCAGUGUAGUUUGCACAUAGUGGAGUCUUUUGUGUAUUUUUUAUGAAUUCUGAAUAUUCUAAAUUGCAUAAAAUUAGGGUGAUGAGUUUGUCCUGGUCAAGUGACCCGGGAAAACUCUUGGCUCUCGUUAUACAGUAGGCUUGAGGUCAGGUCGUGUUAUAAGGAAAAACUCCUGGCCCUGUGUAGCUUAACCUUUGACUCUUUAAUUGCAGUGUUCUGCCAGGAUGAUGAAGACACAAAUACUGUUGAAGAUCCAGAAACAGAAAAUGAUGCUGGUGAGCUUUAGCUGUUAGCUGCUUUCCCCAUAUUCAUACUCCUCCAACACAACCUGGUGGUAAUAGUUCAUAACUGUCACUUUCCAAAGGGUUUGGCAUAAGAUGUGCUUGUGUUGAUACUUUUCUCAAUGUCUCCAGUGAUCCCAACUGUAAGUGAUGCUACCCCCACACCAGAACCAUACGUAUCACCUGAGAGUCCUUCAGGUGAGGUUACACCUGUCUCCAUUACACAAUUCAAUGACCUUAUCUCCAUUAGAGCCUUGCAUGACAAAAAAAAAGGGCCUCUGGUUUUUCAUUUCAUUUUAUGUCAUUUCAGAGGGAUAUGAGACCAAAGCUGAAACUGGUUCUGGAGACAGUCCAGGUGUAAAUCUACAAGGUAUAUUACAUCAGUACAUUAGCACUUUGUGACAACUGCUGAUGUAAAAGGGGCUUUAUAAACUGGGUGGUUCGAGCCCUGAAUGCUGAUUGGCUGACUGCCGUGUUAUAUCAGACCGUAUACCACGGGUAUGACAAAAUAUGUAUUUUUACUGCUCUAAUUACGUUGGUAACCAGUUUAUAAUAGCAAUAGGGCACCUCAGGGGUUUGUGGUAUAUGGCCAAUAUACCAUGGCUAAGGACUGUAUUGAGGCACUCCGCGUUACGUCAUGCAUAAGACCAGCCCUUAGCCGUGGUAUAUUGGCUAUAUACCACACCCCCUCAGGCCUUAUUGCUUAAUUAUAAAAUAUAUUUGAUUGAUUUGAUUGAUUGAACACAAACAACAAAAUGUAUGUAGUGUUUAAGAAAAUAGUGUAUUAGAAAUUAUUAUUGAGAUGGUGAAAUAAUUUCAGAAACAUUGCAGACAUGUUGGUGUUACAUCAGUUUCCAAACAUGAUGGUCCCUCUUCCAGACGAGGAUAAUCUCAAAUCCUCUGAAGCGCCGCUCGAGGAAAGUCUGAGUCACACCUUCAUCCUGGUUCCUGUUGUUCUGGUGGUCAUAAUAAUCGCCAUGGUAGUAGGCAUAAUCAUAAUCAACCGAAGAUGGAAACAAAAAGAAAAGAGCAAUUCUGGUAAGUCAUGAGAACUGUGCUGUAGCUGGAAAUGUGUCCACAUGACAAGAAGCAACAGGCCACAUUCUCAUACACCAUGACAGAUCUGCUUAUGACUAGGUGUACUGUACAAUUCAGUCAUCCUUUUCAUUGCAUGGGUACAUUACAAUACUAUGACAAGUGAAAAACUGCUUUGAGUAGGGGUAUGUUUAGCUUUGUGCAUACUUAUUUAGGAUAGUGUGUAGGCCCACAGUUUUAUACACAGUUUUAUACAAUGUAUGAGUGGAUAUUGUUAAUGUACUUUGACAUUACUUCAUUAGAUGUUGCAUGAUGUAGCUUAUAAUUGUGGUUUCCUAUUCCAGAUAAUGUGGAAGAGGAUAAAUAUUUGCAUGGUAGCGACGACACAGAAAAGGUUCCAAUGUAAGUAUUGAACACUGCUCUAUGAGUUGAUAUCUAGGCUACUGCUGUCUUGACUGUGCAUUCUAUACAUUUCAACUUGCAGUCGCUUAAAUUAAUUCUGUUUUCCUUCGUAUGAUUUUGACUUCACCUUUUCUCAGCUCUACUUGUUAUUUCCUGUUUAGAAAGAAAGACGUUGAGGAGUUUGAAACAGCUGUGUGUGUGUUCCGUGUGUGUGUCUCUGUGUGUGUGUGUGUGUGUGUGUGUGUGUGUGUGUGUGUAUGUGUGUGUGUGUGUGUGUGUGUGUGUGUGUGUGUGUGUGUGUGUAUGUGUGCGUGUGUGUACUCUUUUUCUCAACAAGUUGUUUAACACAAACACACAUGCAUCAGUCUCUCACAUCUGGCAUACAGUAUAUGGUCAAGAAUUGUCAUGUGUGAAUUGAAGUGUUUACACAUUAGCCUAAGAAUUUAUGAAAGAGCAUUUUAGCAGAAAUAUGGCAAACCUCAAGUUCCUCCUGCUAUGAUAUGACACCUUGUCCCUGGUAACCAGCCUCCAUGUGAGAAUGUAUGGUAUGACUAAGUUAUCUUUAGUGUAAGAGAAAGACUAACAUAAAGGAAAUAGCCAUAAAAAAUAAAUCUCCCGUCAACACUUUACACUGCACAUGAAUGCUCUCUCUCUAAGCCAAUCAUGUGUCCAUGAUGACUUUAAGGCAUUGACAGAAAACUAUAAUCAAUGAGGAGAGCGCCCUCCUGUGAGAAUCAGCAAUACUACCACUCAAAUGGCUUUGAGUAGAAAAGCAUGUCAAACUCUAUUGGAGGGAAGGACAGUGCUAAUUCAAAUACGAACCGUUUUGGCUGAAAACCAGUGAAAACUAGCAUAUUCCUAAGAAGUUUCAUGUGAGACCAGUACAUUGUGUGAGAAACACCUCAACUGUUUUGGAUUGUCUUUACACCUCAACAGUGGAUGUUUGUAUUUUUUCCUUCUACACUCCCUUCAUUUUAGUCCCUUUAUUUUGUCAUUUUCUAAUGUCAAAACAUUCAAAUGAUGGACUGACUAUGUUGGCUGUUUUCCAGGCCCAUGUUUGAGGAUGAUGUCCCCUCUGUGUUGGAGAUGGAGAUGGAAGACCUGGAACAGUGGAUGACUAAAGAU